ACAUUUUAACAUAGCUCCAAAAAUAGAGUAAUAUGGGCCUUUUAAUUUUGGUACAAGGCCUGUAAUUUAGUGUCUAAUGAAGCCAGUAAAAUUAACUGGCAAUUACGACAUAUAAAUUCUUCUUUACGGUUUCCUCCUUCUGUUAUCCUUGCUGGACUGUUGACCCACAGCAGGGUGUGUUUAUCUUGGCCACUGUUUGGUCACUUAUUACCAGAAACCUUCAGACUCAAGAAAUCAUAAAACUGAGAUUCCAUGUCUGAGUUUGCUCACUUCUUCAGUCCUGUUGUUUGUGAGAUGGAGGGAUUACAAAUGGAAAUCACCAAACCACCUACAUGUAAUGGCUGGUAUAUGCCACAGCUAAAAAUCGUCCUUCUUGGAGGUAGAAACUCAGGCAAGAGCAGCAUUGGUAACCUGCUUCUGGGCAAAGAGGAGUUCGUAACUAAGGAGAGGACAUGUUGUUGUAGACGAAUGGGGUUCUCUGGGUCUCACUGGCUCACUGUGGUGGACACUCCUGGCUGGUGGUGUGAUCUGACCCCUCAAGAUACCUCUGAACUGGUGAAAAGGGAGAUAGUGACCAGUGUGACUCUAUGCAAUCCUGGUCCACACGUGUUCAUUAUUGUGGUUAAGGCGAAUUCAAUAUUCACCGAACAGCGACGUAAAGCAGUGGAGGAGCACGUCCAGCUGCUAGGGGGCGCUGUCUGGAAACACUGCUUCUUGGUACUUGUGUUCACUGACAGCUGGAGGCUUACAGAGGCAGAAGUACAUAUCCAAAGAUCAGGAAAGCAGCUACAGUGGAUAUAUGACAAGUGCGCCCAGAGGUGUCACAGCCUUGUAGUUAAUGAUGGCACCCAAAUCCCUGAACUCAUGCAGAAGAUACAGAAGAUGGUGGUUGCCAAUGGAAACACAGUGUUUGAAAUGCCAGAGGAUAUGUUACAGAAGGUUACAGAGGAGAAGAGGGGGAUAGAGGAGAGGGCACGCUCACGGUUUAAAAGGAUGAAGAAGCAGAGGGCCAUGCAGAGAGAGAAAUUGAGAUCCAUGACAGACAUCAAAAUUGUCUUGCUAGGAGCAAAGGGUUCUGGGAAAUCUUCAGUUUUCCACACAAUCCUUGGAAACAACCAGGACAAAACUCGAACUGUACAGACUCAUGUUGGACAAGCCUUUGUUUUUGGCCGACAGGUCACAGUGGUGGAUACUCCUGGAUGGUGGUGCAACUACUUUAGUGAGGAAACUUCCAUAUUUGACAAAAGGGAGAUGGUUUUAAGUCUAUCCUUGUGCCCACCUGGACCCCACGUUUUCCUAUUGAUAAUUCGAGUGGACCGCUCCUUUACUGACACCUACAGGAAAGCAGUGGAAGACCACAUUGGACUUAUAAGUGAUCAAAUCUGGAAUCGAGUCAUUGUUUUGUUCAGUUUUGGAGACUGGUUGGGAGGCACCACCACAGAAUAUUACAUAGAGAAUGAAGGAAAACCAUUGAGGUGGAUUGUAGAAAAGUGCAAUAACAGGUAUCAUGUCUUCAACAAUAAAACUAAAGGGGAUGGAUUUCAGGUUAGGGAGCUGAUGGGAAAAAUUGAAGAGAUGGUCUCGGCAUGUGGGAGCAACUGGCAUUUUGAAAUUGAGAACAGCGUGAUGAUAAAACUGGAGCAGGAGAUGAGAGAAGGGACUGAAAGAGCAGAAACACGAAGGAUGCUGAAGGAGAGGCAAAGGGAGACUGCAAGAGCAAAUCUGGAUAAAUUCCCUCCUCUGUCAGAACUCAAACUUGUGCUGCUUGGUGGCUGUAAAACUGGAAAAAGCUCUUGUGGAAACACUAUUCUGUCUCAAGACUGUUUCAAAACCCAAACUCAAACUUCCUCUUUCAACGAAAACCAAGUCCAUGGCAAAAGAGUCACAGUUCUGGACACCCCUGGAUCAUUCUGCGUGAACUAUGACCUCUUCAAAACCUCAUCUGCUUUCCUAUUGGUUGUGAAUGUUAGCUCUGCAUUCAAAAAAGUCCAUUUAAAAUCUAUUGAGGAUCAGAUUGAAGAAGUAGAACCACAAAUCUGGGAAAAGACUAUAGUUUUGUUCAGCUUUGGAGACUGCCUAGGGGACACUACUAUAGAGCAACACAUAGAGAGUGAAGGCCAACCAUUGCAAAAGAUUGUCAACAAGUGCGGCAACAGAUAUCAUGUUUUGAACAAUAAAAAAGCAUGUACAAAGCAAGUCAAUGACAUGAUAGGUUUGAUUGAAGAGAUGACAGUGAAAGAAAGACUGAAAAUGUUUGAAAAUGGUGACCAGAUGACAAGGAGAAUCCUGCAAAAACAACCACACCUGGAGGCAAAAGCUGUUUGUGAACUGCAUUUAUCAGAUGACUCUGCAGGAUCUUCAACAAUAAAGACUUCAGAGUCACCUGGUCUCAUUGUCCCACAUGGAAGUAGCAGUGAAUUGGAAAACAUCCAGGAUAGAUCAAACUUCCAAUGCUGCAUUACAACUUUACCAAAUGGAAAAAGAUUAUCAUUGACAGAGGCUGGACAAAAGUUAGUAUUCAAGAUUCCUGUUUGGCUUUUUGGAGAGGACACACCAACAAAUAUGAGAUUACAUUGUGAAACAUCAGGUCAUUCAGCCAUUGUUUUGUUCCUUCCUCAUUCACAAAGCAGAAGGAAUGAAAUGACCAACCCAGCCCGCUCCCUAUGUCAGCCCAUGUUGAUAGAUAGGACUCUCGAAAGGCUUACCAAACAUGGAAGUCUACAAAAUAUUAUCGAUCAAUGGGGUGACAGUAGCUUACAGGAACUUGAGGCGUUCAUUGACCUGUAUUUUGAAAUGGUGUGGGAGCAAGUGAUGGGUUCACAUAUAGAGGAGAGUUCACAAAGAGAGGAGGAGGAGACGGAGGACGAUGUGCUCACAAAUAUUAACCAGAAACUGUCAAAACUGGACGUCUUGGAGGAGAUAAAAGAGGAUCUGACAGAGCUAAAGAAGGCCAUACUGGAGCUGAAAAAGAAAUUAUAAUGAUGCUUUUAUUGUGAAAGGACAACUGCGUUCACGUGAAAUCACAACAUUAUUGAAAGUUUAACUUAAGCUGGAAAACAAGUCAGAAUUUUAUGGUGAAAUUUCUCUUUUAAAUUUCAGAUUUGUUGACCUGGUUUGUGGUUGAUAUCUGUAAGAACUAGCCGCUGCGUUCCAAAUAGGAAGUGACCACAGGGACACUACCUGCUCCAUCGACUCCAGCUCCAAUUGACCUUACAUUGAAAAAAUGUCACCCAUCUCUCUGUAGCUGCUGCUGUGGGCUUUGUCAUUUUGGUCUUAAAAUGUUUGUAUUAAUCCUGGUGUUUUUUCCCCCGUUUGGUUUGAAAAUAAAUUCCUAUUCCUACUAUAGAACUUAACUCCAAAUUCGUGCCAAAUUCGUGAGUUUCAUUUGAUUGGAGCCGAACACUAUGGGUGACGUCACACUCCCUUAGUCCACUUCUUUAUACAGUCUAUGAUCCACAUGAAACAAAAAACGGCACAACGUUCAAUGUAACCUCUCUUGGUAUAUAUAAACAAAUCUCAAAUAUAACACGAAUAAUAAAAUAGAUCCAAUUCCGAACAAAUAAUGAUAGAACUCAAAAUUUGUGGAUCAUAAGUUUGGCUAUUUCUUAAAUCUUCCAUAGUUAUAUAAGCCUGUGCCCAUUUGAGAUUAUGACUUCAUCAAAUACUUGAACAUGAUUGCAGCCUAUAGGAAAGUGUACAUUGUGUAAUAUAAUGUAAAUAAUAAAACGUGAUCUAAAAAGGAAAGAACUCAUCAAGAGCAGAUAUGUAUAAGCUUACUAUUUAAUUUCAUAUUUCAUUGUUAUAACUCAAAGCAUUUUAGUUUGUACAUUAUUUGCUGUUUUUGAUGAUGUAAGAUUAGAUGUACUCGUGUAGCAUGUGUUGUAACAUUUGUCCACAAGAGGGAGCACUUGCACAAGAAUAGAUUUUGAUACAAACUCCAAUGAGCAUUUUUCAAACAGCUGGAGCCCCUUUAAAACUUUAAGGAGAAGUCUAGUAUUAACGUAACAAGAUUAUAGUUGGUUUGCUCUAAAACGGAUGCCAAUUAUAUCUAAAGCUGUUUAAAGAUUUUAUUAUACUUUACAUUUUUUAAAGUAAUAGUUUGCUAAAUUUGGCAGAA